CUAGGCAUGCAGCCUGCUUCUGCAAACAUUUUUUGAAAGAAUGGGUCGCUCUCAGGAGCUCAGUGAAUUCAAGCGUGGUACUACCGUGAUAGGUUGCCACCUGCGCAAUAAGUCCAUCCAUGAAAUUUCCUUUCUACAAAAUAUUCCACGGUCAGCUGUUAGUGGUAUUAUAACAAAGUGGAAGCAACUGGGAACAACCGCAAAAUGAACAUGCUGCCGCUUGACUCUAGAGCAGUGGAGACGUGUUCUCUGGAAUGAGGAAUCACACUUCUCUGUCUGGCAAUCUGAUUGAUGUUUCUGGGUUUAGCAGUUGCCAGGAGAACGGUACUUGCCUGACAGCAUUGUGCCAAGUGUAA